AUGACUAAACCAUUUGAAGUUCAUACAGAUGUUUUAGAUUUUGCACUUGGUGGAGUCCUCAUGCAAGAAGGACGUCCGGUAGCAUAUGAGAGCCAGAGUCGACGGCCCCAUUUGGCUGCCAUUUGCUCCGUAGCUACUCUUUCAGGGAAAGCCGUCUCUACGAACAAUAGAGACCAAAUUCGGGCACUCAUGGAGAAGGACCCGGCUACUCAAUAUUUGGUCGACCUCAUCAAACAAGGUAAAACUCGACAGUUUUGGCUCAAUGGAGAACUAGUGAAAACAAAGAGAGACCGCCUAUACGGCGACAUUGUAACCUAUGUAAAAAUAUGUCUUAUUUGUCAGCAAGAUAAGAUAGAUCAUCAGAAAAAGACGAGUUUCCUGGAGCCCCUUUCCGUCCCAACCCGGCCAUUCGAAAGUGUAUCGAUGGAUUACAUUAUUGUGUUGCCAAAAGUUGAGGAUUUUUGCACUAUCAUCAUCGUGGUGGACCGUCUAUCAAAAUAUGCAACUUUCAUUGCAGCGCCUAAGUAUGUAUCCGCAGAAGAGAUAGCUUAA